AUGGCGUUCACGACCAUUCCCCUCCUCAAGUUCGUAGGGACCGUGUCCCUCGGCUUGCUGACGGGCGUCUCCUACACCGUCUCCCGCCUCGCCCUCCCCGCGCUCCUCGACCUGCCCUCCGCCGCCGCCGCCGGCGACGCCCUCUCCCGCCUAUCCGCCUCUCUCCGCGCUCCUCUCCUCGCACUCCCCGCCCUCGCCGCCGCGCCCCUCGCGCUCGCCUACGCGCUCGCCCCGCGGCCUGCCCGCCACCCCUACCUCCUCUACGCCGCGCUCCUCGCCGCUCUCAGCGGCGCGGCCCCCCGUCUACUCCUCAGCGGCGCGGCCCCCGCAGCGCCGCGGCCGGUGGUGGUGAAGCCGUCGGCGCGCGCGCGCAUGGAGGCCAGCUACGAGGUGCUUGGCGACGUCCACAGCGAACCGGCCAGCGAGGAGGACGCGGACGAGCAGCAGGUCAACGGCGAGGAGGUGCGUGGGCGCCUCCAGGGGAGCGCGAAGGCGCAUGCCGUCCAGGCCGGGCUAGCGGGCCUCGCGUUUGCCAUGUCCGUGGUUGGCCUCUGGGGCGAUGGUGCCCCGAGGGUCAUUGUAUCCUAA